AGCGCAGACAGCAGUCCGCGGGGGGAAAGAGGAAAAUGAGAGGUUCAGCAACAGGAAAACCGCUGCGAGAACACAUUCCAGGCCCAGCGGACCCCGUGCGGGACAAUACGGGGUGGGACCAAGCUGCGUGAGACGUCUGUAAUCUCGCCUCCACAUCGACUGGUCGGUUCGCACCGAGGUCCCGCGGAGACGCGCCUGCGGUCUUCGAGGCGGAAGCAGUCUGCUUCCAAAGCGACGACGUUUAUCAGCGCAGAUUUGGGUCGAGAUGAGAUAGCUGGUCCUCACGGCGCGUUUUAUCUCCUCCUCUUCAAGUUCAGGCAGCACUUCUCCUUCUUCUUCUUCUUGGGGUUAAACAAGUGGGGCGGGGUUUUUUAUUGGACUUUUUUAGCAGUAAGGAAAAAACUUCGAGCGAACUUUUUCCCCCCACGGCGCCUUCGGAGAGGAUGUGAACAUCUGCAAUUGAGCCGCUGAGACGAACCAAGUACAACGACUCACUUCCACCCGCGACAAUGGAGCCAUUUGCGUUUUAAAGCGUCUUCCACGGCCGACCGCUUGUCAUACUUUGUACCACAAUACUCCCACGGAGGGACGGAGAUACUUCAGCCAGCGGUGACAUGCGAGACGCGGGACGUCUGUGUCUGUCCGCUUAAAGAGACUAUAACACAGCGAUGGGAAGCCGUGCUGUGCUCACAGGGGUGCUUGCGGCGGCGUGUCUGUGGAUCUCUGCUGUCUACGCAGAUUCUGGAGACGAUGGAGGGCUGCUGUGCACGUGUGAGAAUUUAAAGGGCACAUGCGUGAAUGGAACUUGCAGAGGAGACCACUGCUUCUACACCUGGGUGCGCGGCGUUGAGGAGAGGGGCUGUUUUUCCUCAUCGAACUACAGAGAGCAAUGCUUCACCUCCUUCGAGGGUUUCUUCGUCCACUGCUGCAGAGAGAAUCAGUGCAACACCUUCACCACGCCUCCUCCAGACAUAAAUGGAAAGCCGACAAAGCCUCCGGAGCUCAGCCGUCCAGAGCUGUGGAUCACGUUGUCCCUGCUGCUGUUGAUCGUGACUGCCAGCCUGUGUGGCCUGGCGCUUUUCCUGCGCUUCCGCCGCGCACAUAGCAAACUGACGAACGUCGAGGAGCACGAUGUCACCAUGCUCAAGGUCCCUAAUGGAGACGACCCCACCUACGGCAAAAUCUACGAUGAGUUUGACUCAUCGGGGAGCGGGACGGGGCUGCCCUAUCUGGUCCAAAGGACUAUGGCCAGACAGAUCUCACUUGCCCAUUGCGUCGGUAAAGGCAGGUAUGGGGAGGUGUGGAGAGGAACUUGGAUGGGGGAGAGUGUGGCCGUCAAGAUAUUCUCCUCAAGGGAUGAGCAGUCCUGGUUCAGAGAGACGGAGAUCUACAAUACUGUGCAGCUCCGACACGACAACAUACUGGGUUUCAUAGCCUCUGACAUGACAUCCAAGAAUUCCAGCACCCAGCUGUGGCUCGUCACCCACUUUCACGAGCUGGGUUCACUCUACGACUUCCUGCAGUACAGCAGCUUGGAGCCUGAGAGCUGCCUGAAGAUGUGCCUGUCCGUGGCCUGCGGGCUGGUCCACCUUCACACUGAGAUUGUUAGCUCCCAGGAGAAGCCGGCCAUCGCCCACAGAGACCUGAAAAGCCGAAACAUCCUUGUCAAGCGGAACGGGCAGUGCUGCAUCGCUGACCUGGGUCUGGCUGUGAUACACUCCCAGUCUCAUGACUACCUGGAUGUGGGCAACAAUCCUCGCGUGGGGACCAAGCGCUACAUGGCUCCUGAGGUGCUGGAUGAGACUAUCCGUAUGGACGUCUUUGAGUCCUACAAGCAAACUGAUAUCUGGGCCUUGGGCCUGGUCUUCUGGGAAAUUACCCGCAGGACCAUAGUUAAUGGAAUCGUUGAAGAUUACCGCCCUCCUUUCUUUGACCUGGUGCCCGUGGAUCCAAGCUUUGAGGAGAUGAAGAAGGUGGUGUGUGUGGACCAGCAGAAGCCCAGUGUCCACAACAGGCUCCAUUCCCAUCCUAUUCUUUUAGCCAUCGUGAAAAUCAUGAAGGAGUGUUGGUACCAGAGCCCAACAGCCCGCCUCACUGCCUUGCGGGUGCGGAAGACGCUGUCCAAAUCGGACCAUGGCAGUGACUUCAACAUCGACAAACUCAAGCAGGACAUCUAGGCCAGAGCGCCGAGAUGAAACGGGGACAAAAGACUGAAAACGACAAAAGGGAUUACGCACUAAAAGCACAAAGUGCUUUCAUUAGCAUGUCAUCAGCAUGUUUGGAGCUUGUGACUCUCGCAGUCAGUGCGUUGUAUGAAAAGCGCGUGACUUUGAGCAAUAGCGUCGAGACUGGCUCCCAAGGCUGCUUUUUUUGCGUGGCCUUGUUUUUAUCGGCCAAAUAUCUGGUGACUGGGACCAAAAGGCCCCAGAGACAUUUAAAAAGCCCAAAAUGUAUAAUGUAUAUUUAUUUUUCAAUGUUCAGUGAAAGGAUAUUUCCAAAGCAGAAUGAUUAACACCAAACUAUUCAUGGGCUGUUCUACACACACAGGGUUUUACUCAUAGUUAUCUGAAUCCCCCUUUGUCAUGACAGAAAGGAAAAUAUGCAAUGGCGCAAUUACGUCAUUUAAUCGUUAAGAGGAAGAGAACAUCAUCGGGGGCUUUCUCUGAAAUUGCACAAUGGGUAUUCUCAAAAAAUGACCAAAAUUAUAGGAGACAUUGAGGUCUUGAUGGGAAGGGAGGUUGCCAUGAAAAAAGAAAACAUGUAAGUGAUAACAUGCUCAUACCAAAGCACAUUACCUGUUGCAUAAACACAUUUAACUUGUAUGAAAUAAGCAUUUAUUAUCUCCACACAGGCACAUGAGCUAUUUAGUUGUAAAUAUUCUGACACUGUUGUCUUAUUUCCCUAUUGAUUGUAAAUAUAUUUUGAAAUGACUAUUAUUGUGUACAAUCAGAAAAUGAGACACAUUUUAUACACUUCAACAUUUUCAAGGUAUUUUUUAUACAUUUGUGUAGGCCAAUAUUGUACCCUCCCUAUUAUCAUGGUCACCAAAGGACCUCACAGACAUUUAACUUUUUAUACGUUGAAUAAAGGAUUGCUUUGUUCAACCGAUUGUGCUGUAGAAACUAUUUUCUACCACUGAUGUUUGCAACUCUCUUAUUGACCAGCAGAGGUCAACAGAUAACAGACAAAAAAUUGUUGCGUAUGGUCAUGCUCUUAUUUUGAAGGAUUUACUCUUUAACAGUUUUUCCUUUUCAUAAUUUCUCCAACAAGCAGUUGAGAGCAAUAUUUAACCACAGCACUAAAUAAUAAUGAACAGUUAUCAAUGUCAGGGGAUUCUUUUAUUCUGCUUACAUACAUUAGCAUGUUUGAACAGCCGUAAUAGCCUGUGUGUCCUUGCAUGAAAUGUUAUUAAGAUAAGAUAAAGAGCUCCAAUCGUUUAUCUUGGUCACACUAGCAUAAAUACAGGGAUACUUCACCAGAAAAUAUAAUUAUAUUCAUGUAAGGCAAGCCCGACUGAAUGGGGACUUCAUGAAUAAACUUUUAAUAACAUUUUUAUGAUAUAUGUAUUUGUCUGCACUACUCUUAGUAGGAAUUGAUGUGAUCUGUAUGCAUUG